AUGAAGUUCACCCUUCCAACCGCGGCCUUCGCCCUCACCUUGAUCGGUGCUGCUGAUGCCGCUCGCAUCGAGACCUAUGUCACCACGGGACCACAGAUUAUCCCUUAUUAUACCUCUGCUUACAAAGGUGAUGACGGAAAGAGCUACUCGCUUGGUGGCUUCAGAGACGGAUGCCGAAAGACCAACUACGAUUGGAUCAAGGAGAUCUGUAUUGACGAUGCCAGGCUGAGGGCGCACAUUGUGUAUUCAGGUGGCACGAAGAAGUGUUUCAGGCGAACCAGUGACACCUCGAAGGCCUGUGGCGGUACUGAAGGAUGCUGGCAGGGCGUGUGCCAGAGGUGCUGGACGUAUGUCUACACUGAAGCAAAAUGCACCUGGUGA